GUGGUAUGAACUUGUAUGACACCUAAACAGUAGUGCCUGGCAGAUGUGUAUUGUGUACACUAGAGUUGUGUGUAGCAAGCUAGCUAGCUAGCUACUUGGAUGUGGAAAGGUUUCAUACAAUCGUCGGGCGCUCACUUUACGAUUGGUGAUAGGUACUAGACGUCAAAAUGCGACAGUUAAGAGGAUAACUAGCCACCUUUCCCGGUUUUGCCAAAUUCAACAAACAAGCGUUCAUUAGCCACUUCCUGUAUCACAUCUGUCCGGUUUUGACCGCAGUCCAGCACAGUUAGCUAGCGUUAGCAAACUGGCUACAGGUAGCUAUCUAGCUAAUACGUCUAAAAUUAAGCGAGGAUUUAAACUACUUCGAUUCUAGAAUAUAGCUAGAUGUUUGUCCGUGUGUAUUUUUGCAUGUAUUGUAAGACUACCUUGCGUAGCUAGCGAACUAUUUAACGCUAGCUAACGUUCGAACGUUGUUGCAGUGGCUAGCUUUUUUUUGUCCUUUCCAGUGUCGGCCACGAUCGUCACAUAAAGGCAAUUUAAAAGAUUGCCCCCAACAAUCGCAGCCUCAUCCUGCCAUGAGAUCACCCUAACAAGAAAUAGUGGGGUGAAGAUGGCUGCAGAGCUCUUUCCCACCAAGAAGCUGGGCCCAGCAUCCUCAACCACCACAGCUGUGCAACAAUACCAGCAGCAGAACCGGAAUAACAACAACACCAUUCCCAGCUGCAACUGGCAAGGGCUCUAUCCUACCAUCCGAGAGAGGAAUUCAGUCAUGUUCAACAAUGAGUUGAUGGCAGAUGUUCACUUUGUCGUUGGCCCCCCAGGAGGGACUCAGCAAGUACCUGGCCACAAGUAUGUGCUGGCUGUGGGGAGUUCUGUGUUCCACGCCAUGUUUUACGGUGAACUGGCAGAGGACAAGGAAGAGAUCCGUAUCCCUGAUGUGGAGCCUCCCUCGUUCCUAGCCAUGCUGAAGUACAUCUACUGCGACGAGAUCGACUUGUGUGCCGACACGGUCCUGGCUACGCUCUACGCCGCCAAGAAGUACAUUGUGCCCCACCUGGCUCGGGCCUGCGUCAACUUCCUGGAGACGAGCCUGAGCGCCAAGAACGCUUGCGUGCUGCUAUCCCAGAGCUGCCUGUUUGAGGAGCCCGACUUAAUGCAGCGCUGCUGGGAGGUGAUCGACGCUCAAGCCGAGCUGGCGCUGCGCUCCGAGGGCUUCACAGACAUUGACUCGGUGACCCUGGAGAGUAUCCUGCGCCGCGAGACGCUCAACGCCAAGGAGAUGGUGGUGUUCGAGGCGGCAUUGAGCUGGGCCGAGGCCGAAUGCCAGCGCCAGGACCUGACGCCCACCAUUGAGAACAAACGGCUGGCGCUGGGCAAGGCCAUCUACCUGAUCCGCAUCCCCACCAUGACGUUGGAUGACUUCGCCAACGGUGCGGCACAGUCGGGCGUGCUGACGCUCAACGAGACCAACGACAUCUUCCUGUGGUACACGGCCGCCAAGAAGCCUGAGCUGCUGUUCGCCAGCAAGCCGCGCAAGGGCCUGGCGCCACAGCGUUGCCACCGCUUCCAGUCGUGCGCCUACCGGAGCAACCAGUGGCGCUACCGGGGCCGUUGCGACAGCAUCCAGUUCGCCGUGGACAAGCGAGUGUUCAUCGCCGGCUUCGGCCUGUACGGCUCCAGCUGUGGCUCAGCAGAGUACAGCGCCAAGAUUGAACUCAAGAGGCAGGGCGUGCCGCUGGGCCAGAGCCUCAUCAAGUACUUUUCGGACGGCUCCAGCAGCACAUUCCCAGUGUGGUUUGAAUACCCUGUGCAGAUCGAGCCCGAAACAUUCUACACGGCCAGCGUAGUGCUGGACGGCAACGAGCUCAGCUACUUUGGCCAGGAGGGCAUGACUGAGGUGCAGUGUGGCAAGGUCACCUUUCAGUUCCAGUGCUCUUCAGACAGCACCAACGGGACAGGUGUGCAGGGGGGGCAAAUCCCUGAGCUCAUCUUUUACGCUUGAGGUGUCGAACGUGAGGGAAAUGUAACACUCCUUUUCGGUCACAGUAAAUGCACCCCUCCGGAUGUUCAGAAAGCAUCAUCUCUUAACUAUGGCUUUAAAGGUGUACCUGGUUUGGAGAAGGAAAAAAAAACACAUUUAUUGUGGUGGUAAUUUAGUUCAAUAUUCAAUUGCCUUAUGAGUAUGUCGGACCUAGUGUAGGACCGGGUUGAAGUGACCAAAUAUUUUCUUAUUUUAAAUGAAGGAUAGGCAUUUGUUCACAUUUAACGGUUUACUCAUUUGUUUGACUGUUUAUGAAGCACAGUUCUCAUUUAACAACAUUAUUAGUAUGUUGUAGGUAGCUUUUUUUUAGUUUUUACUUCAAACAUUCCUGUAAUUUUUUUAAGGAAAACACUACUUCAAUAUAAGGUAUUUCAACCUGUGCAAAAAUCGACGUUGAUGUAGAGGAUACUUGGGGUAUAAUGAAAUAUUUUUGUACUUUGUAACUUGAUAAAUAGUUUCAACAUUUUUGAUGGUGCAAUUUCUAAGAUUUUGUAUUGUUAACUAAUUUUGUGUUGCUAAUAUUGUUACCUCUCAAAGUUUCCCCUUGGGUUUUCUGUGAGAUUAAUAAACUGAGAAUAGACAUCAAACGGAAAUGUAAACCUGUGCUGAGGUUUAAGAUACUUGAGUAUGUUGCUGUCUCAGUGUAGGCCCUUGUAUGUAUGUGUGUAUAUAUAUAGCUAUCUUUUGUUUGCACUACUAUUGGUCCUUUUUUCAAAUGGGACAGCCUUUUUGUAUCUUGCUUCCUUGUAUACACUUUAUUUUUGACCUUGUUUUCUCUGAAAAUCAGUAUGAAGUGUUGCUGUGCUGUGAGCUUGACAUUGUCAAUGGACCUAUGAAUGUGUACUGUUGUUGCAUAUCAAAAAUAAAAUGAACCAGUUCUGUAAAA